AUGCGCCAGCCGCGAAGGAGUCAACCACCUCGGGGGAUGACGGGAAGAUUCCAACAGAGAAAGGGAACACCCUCCGUGAGAACCCUCAGCAAAGCCGCCGCCAAAACCGAACAAUGGGCCAAACUUAGGAAAGAGGUUACUACGGUACAGUCUGUCGACAUCUUCAGCAGCGACUUCGACUCUACCACUCGUCCUUUAGAGGUAGACAGGGACUCUGCGAUGCUGGUUUUUGUCAACCUUGGAGCUGACCCCAGCCUCCUGGACGGCACUGACGAGGCAACAGAACGUCUUCAUGCCGGACUCGUAGCCCUUGAGUCCGUCCUUCACCCGAGGGGUACCGUGGUGAUCGCUAUGGGGUCGAUAGCGAACUUCGACUUCCCUUGCAUGGAGGCACGUCUCAAGGCAGCAGACCUUGCUAUGGAGAAGAAUCCUGUGGUUUCUAUCUACCUCGAGGGGCAACCUGGGCGCAUCCCUGAGAGACUCAAGAACCACCUCACUACUCAGGGCUGUUCCGUACUCGUCGCUCACAAGACCAACGACUUCGCCUGCCACGGGCAUCCUCUUGGCAAACGCCGUGCAGCAAGGGGAGCGGCGUCAUCAGCUUCAUUCAAAAGUCCUCGCCAGGCAAGUUUCGAGGCCGUCGGCUUCGUCGUUUCCGACAAGCACCCUUCGACCGCAACGUUCCUGUCGACCUCGACUGCCGACCACCUGAUCAACAGAUUUACUGUUCCCGGGGACUGUGUCCUGGUGACGACUUUCGAGGAGAACCCACUCGCAUCCCUCGUCCUGGGCCAGGGGAGGCAUCUGGGCGCGUUGGUUGCAGAUUCGACUAAGGCAGAAAACGCCGAGGUGGAGGUGAAUGAGGCGUGUGUUACGGCGACCAAGCACGGGUGGUUUGCCGAGCUGAACAAGACCGAAGUGAUCAUGACCGGGUCGACCCUUCCGUCGUGCAUUCCAUCUUCCAACCUUUCCGCCCAUGCCGCGAAGCAGUAUGAAUCCCAGAGAGCAACCGACGACGAAGAGGACACCGACGGCGAUGUGUUAAGUGCGCUGGACGUUGCCAGAGAACUAGCGGGAGCAAUGGAGCUAGAGAUCAAGGACUCAUCGCAUGGUCUGGGUCUCUUCGCGACGAAGGAUAUCGAGUUUGGCGGCGGCGUUCCCAUGACCGCCAUGGGAGCCUACGAGAUCCUCACCUUGGACGAGAUGAUCGCUGAGGUCAAUUCUGAUGGGGAUCCCCGGUACCCGGUUCUUGAGUACGACAAUUUAGUUGCACUGUUGGGUGACGACGAAAUCGUGAGGGAAGGAUCCAAGUUGUGGCUUAGACCGACGCGUGAAUCACCCUUGUUCUACGUGAACUCAAGUUUCCCAGAUGCUCACCUCCAGAACCUGCUUAGAGAGUCGAAACUCAACGAAAAUCCGCCUGCCAGUGCGGACGAAGCAAAGAAAGUGUUGGUAGAGGCCGCAAAAGGGGUUUCGUUCAGAGUCAGUCGCACUGUUCGGGCGGGGGAGGAGUUGUUGAUUCACUACCCGGUUGCGCCCGAAAACAGUGGUGACAGCAGCGGGGAGGAUGGUACAGGGUCCCAGGGACGGGAGAAAAGGCAGAGGAGGAGUUCUCGUUCUUCCGCGGAGAAACCUACUUAUGUAGAGUCUGCUAGUGAUGAUGAUGCUAUGGAGGGCUGAGGCGACGUUGUUAGAAGUCGGGUUGCUUGCUAGAUGUGUGGUGUUGAUGACGACGUUGUGAGUGACAAGCUCUGUAUAUACGGCAUGUAGAACAACAUGUUUCCUUCAUUCCGUGCCGAGGAAGGCAGCAACAACAAAAUAUGGUCCGUCCCCUGGAGGUACACUGCGUACGAUCAUCUUGUGAGUGAGGUCAUGUCUCUUUCAUCAUGUCGUUGUCCAUUGGUGAGAGUCUCAAAUAUAUGUGGUCCCUAUCCGUGGCAAGUUCCCACGAGGACAUACAUCUAUGAAACUUACAUACAUAGCGAUGCAUGCCUGUUCCCCGGAAGAAACAUUUUGUCUUCGUUUUCCUAAAAAAACCUUGUCCUCUGCAAUUCGAACCCGUCAAAAUCGUGUCUACCAAAUCUGCUCGUUUCCUGGCGGAAAAGGUUUCAAGUUCCUUCCGACAAAAUUCAAAACACGCUCAACACAUGUAUUCAAUUCCACGAAAAGCCCACUCUCCAUCGCAACCUUCACUCUCAAUUUCACGAAUAUUGUCUUAAAACCAGUUUUCCCUCCGCAGAGAACUUUGCUGCCCAGUCUCACAGCAGCAGUACGGGAAUAUUAUUCUAGCCACCUUGGCGCUUUCUGCUGUUUAGCAGAGAAACGGCACCAAGACACCAAGACACACCGAGCGGUACAUCGACCCACCACUCGAAUCAGGUUUAAUUCCGCCGCACUCUAUGUUCCGCACUCUUGACAUGGGACGAUAGGCAGACAGACAAACUCGCGCGCGCCGUCUUUUUUCGUUUUUCUCAGUGCACACAGGGCAGAGCCAAAAAAAAUGUCACGCCUCGGUAACACCGCUCGUAGUGCCUUACACUGCUAUUUCGCCGCACUCUGCUCUGCUGCUGAAACGACGUUCGUACGUACGUACGUCACCGCGAAGCUCAAUAGACCAUGACAAAGGAAGAUAUAUUUCAAGCGGACGGACGGGCGGAUGUUUUUGCUCUCUUCUUUGCUACCUUUCCCCCUCCACGGACAAACCUGAUGUAAAAAACCUUUAGUUGGUACCAUACAUGCAGAGGUUUCCGCAGCUGGCACUCCUAUUUACCCUAAGGGAUCGGGCUCACACAGAAGGCUCUCUGCCAUCACUCUGACUGAAUUGCUUUGCUGCCCACGGGAAGAAGACCGGCAAAAAAUGCACCAGAAACGGAGAGCACAGACCGACUUUAUUAAAAAAAGAAGAACAGGAACAAAUGAGAGCACACAAUCACCGUAUCGUUGUUAUCACCAUCGUCAUCGCUCGACAUAA